AUGCAUUUGACCAAGAAGUUCGACCGGGCCUUUCAAUGGGCGGGUGAGAAGAUGGGCGGCGAGGCGCGCACAGCCCAGCCCGAGGACUUCAAGUCUCUGGAGGCCGACAUGGCCAUUCGCCAGCAAGGCAUUGAGCGUCUUCAGAAAGGAGUCAGUUCGUACACCCGCUGGAUCAGUCGCCGCUGCGAUGCGCUCGAGGAUCGCGAGCGUGCAAGUCCUAUGGGCCUCUUUGGACGCACAAUGGCCGCUCAUGGUGAAGAAUACGGCGCCGAAUCGGAGCUUGGCAACAGCUUUGUCGCAAUAGGCCAGGCCCACGAGCGUGUCGCUGGCUAUCAAGAGGUCUUCCACGAACAGGUCAACAAUACCUGGGGCGAAAGCCUCGAGAGCAGUGUUGCCAUGAUGAAAGAGUAUCAGGCUGCCCGCAAAAAGCUGGAGAACCGACGGCUUGCCUACGAUGCCAGCACUGCGAAGCUCAACAAAGCCCGUCGCGACGACUUCCGGAUCGAGGAAGAGGUCAGGAACAACAAAGCCAAAUUCGAAGAGUCAAGCGAGGAUGUCUUCCAGCGCAUGCAGGACAUCAAGGAAGCCGAAGCCGACAGUGUCCUCGCUCUCAACGACCUGCUCGAGGCCGAACUCGAAUUCCAUGAACGCUGCGUUGAGGAACUCCGGCGCGCAAGAGAGACGAUCGACGUAUCUGCUGGAGGGGCCGGUGCUGGGGCAAGAGCGCCUCCCCGUGUCCAAAAACCAUCGCCUCCUCGUACAAAUACUCUCCGCCCGGCUGUCAGGAGUCGUUCAAACACCGCCCGCUCCUGGCAAGAAUCAAGGUCCAGUGCCGUUUACGAAGAGCCCGAGCUCGAAUCGGAGCAAGCGCCAACUAUGCCUCCUCGCCUGCGUAAUAUCUCCUCUGGCGGUAUUCGUGGCUCAGCACCCGCCCCUCCUCAGCCGCCCCGACCUAACAUGUCGAGAGCUUUGACUGCUGACCCACGGCCGGUACCACGAUCUAGCGCUCCUCCUCUGCCGUUGACUCGUGUGCGCACAGAUGGCGCGUCUUACGGGGGCAGGGCUGAUGAUGUUUUUGGUGAUGAUGCGUCCACCGCCAGUGGCAGCGGGAGUCCAGACUACGGCGAACGUAGCUUGAGCCCAGCCACAAGCUAUGGUAGCCUCAACCGAAGCACUGGGGCUUUGGCAUUGAAUGGGGUUAAGAAGGCCCCGCCUCCUCCUCCCCCCGUCAACCGGGCCAAGAAGCCGGCCCCUCCCGUCCCUGCAAGGAGAGAGAACUUGAAGUACUGA